AGAAUUCUGUUCAAUCUUUUGGCAACCACCAACACAAGCAGCAGUUAGCAGCGUUUAAAGCAGCAGUUACAAUGCUUAGUACUGUUUAGCAUCGUUUUUAGCAGCAGUCACAAUGAUUAGUACUGUUUAACAGCGUUUAUCAGCAGUUAAUAGCGAUUAUCAACAGUUAGCAGCAAUUAACAACAGCAUUUGAUCUUGUAUUUUCUGCAACACAUACGUGUCGAAAUGAACUCCGAUUCCAUGAUGCCUACACUGUAUGUGGGUGAUCUGCACCCUAAGGUGACGGAGCCCAUGAUUAAGGAGAAAUUCGGUGCUGCAGGAUUCAUUCACUCCAUCCGCCUCUGCAAGGACAAAAAGACGGGCUCCUCCCUCGGCUAUGCUUUUGUCAACUUCAAACAUCGAGCUGAUGCUGAGCGAGCACUGGAAAUGUACAAUUUUAAACCCCUUAUGGAGCGGCCCAUGCGUGUCGUGUGGUAUCAGAGAGAUCCAGCUCUGAGGAACAGCUGCAUAGGAAAAUUGAUCAUAAAAAACCUGGACAAGUCUAUGGACAACUUGACCCUUUUUGAAACCUUCUCCGUGUUUGGGAAGGUCCUGUCAUGCAAGGUUGUUGCUAAUAACAAGGGCUCAAAAGGGUUUGGCUUUGUCCAGUUUGAGUCUGAGGAGGCAGCGAGUAGAGCGAUGAUGGAGCUCAACAGCAAAUAUCUAAAAAACCAUAAAGUGUUCAUUGAGCGUUUUAAGCCCCUUGAGGAGCGCAAGGCCGAGAAGAUGAACAGAAAGCAGGUGCAUGUGGGCCAGAAGCAGACUAAAGAAGAGAGACAGACCCACCACAAUCAGAGGACUGAACAAGGUGUGGGACUCAUCAUCAAGAACCUUGAUUGGCAGGUGGAUGAUAAGCAUCUGCGCACAGAGUUCGCACAAUUUGGCACCGUCGUCAGUGCAAAGGUGAAGAAGGAGAAUGGCCACUCACAAGGAUUUGGAUUUGUGCACUUUGUGUCAUCUGUGGAUGCCAUGAGGGCAAAACAGGAGAUGGACGGCAGGAUAUGGGGCAGGAAGGUGGUCCAUGUGGAAAUGGUUCAGCACAAAGAGGAGCGCACAGCUUACCUUCCAAGUCAGACAAAAGGCACCAUUAAAUCUUCAACCCGUCAUGUGCCACGUGCUGUCCACACAGUUCCUGUAGUAGACACAGUCCCAGUUGUAGUUCCAGCUGCAGAUGAAGCUUCCUCUACACCUGUGGCAUCAAUGAGUGAAGUGCAGCAGGAAGAGGACACAACAGAUGUACCCACAUAUCCACCUACUGGGAAACAUUUAACGAGCUACAUGCAGGAAUCCUCUCCAGUAGAUGACCAGAUCCAGAUAGCGCUCGAAAUGAACUCCGAUUCCAUGAUGCCUACACUGUAUGUGGGUGAUCUGCACCCUAAGGUGACGGAGCCCAUGAUUAAGGAGAAAUUCAGCGCUGCAGGAUUCAUUCACUCCAUCCGCCUCUGCAAGGACAAAAAGACGGGCUCCUCCCUCGGCUAUGCUUUUGUCAACUUCAAACAUCGAGCUGAUGCUGAGCGAGCACUGGAAAUGUACAAUUUUAAACCCCUUAUGGGGCGGCCCAUGCGUGUCGUGUGGUAUCAGAGAGAUCCGACUCUGAGGAACAGCUGCAUAGGAAAAUUGAUCAUAAAAAACCUGGACAAGUCUAUGGACAACUUGACCCUUUUUGAAACCUUCUCCGUGUUUGGGAAGGUCCUGUCAUGCAAGGUUGUUGCUAAUAACAAGGGCUCAAAAGGGUUUGGCUUUGUCCAGUUUGAGUCUGAGGAGGCAGCGAGUAGAGCGAUGAUGGAGCUCAACAGCAAAUAUCUAAAAAACCGUAAAGUGUUCAUUGAGCGUUUUAAGCCCCGUAAGGAGCGCAAGGCCGAGGACAUGAACAGCAAGCAGGUGCAUGUGGGCCCGGAGCAGACUAAAGAAGAGAGACAGACCCACCACAAUCAGAGGACUGAACAAGGUGUGGGACUCAUCAUCAAGAACCUUGAUCGGCAGGUGGAUGAUAAGCAUCUGCGCACAGAGUUCGCACAAUUUGGCACCAUUAUCAGUGCAAAGGUGAAGAAGGAGAAUGGCCACUCACAAGGAUUUGGAUUUGUGCACUUUGUGUCAUCUGUGGAUGCCAUGAGGGCAAAACAGGAGAUGGACGGCAGGAUAUGGGGCAGGAAGGUGGUCCAUGUGGAAAUGGUUCAGCACAAAGAGGAGCACACAGCUUACCUUCCAAGUCAGACAAAAGGCACCAUUAAAUCUUCAACCCGUCAUGUGCCACGUGCUGUCCACACAGUUCCUGUAGUAGACACAGUCCCAGUUGUAGUUCCAGCUGCAGAUGAAGCUUCCUCUACACCUGUGGAUUCAAUGAGUGAAGUGCAGCAGGAAGAGGACACAACAGAUGUACCCACAUAUCCACCAGCUGGGAAACGUCAACCGAUCCACAUUCUGAAAUCCUCUCCAGUAGAUGACCAGAUCCAGAUGGCACAUGAUUACAUGCUGCCACUUGUGGAGAAAAUCCACCCAACUCAGACCGGUAAGAUCCAGUGUAUGAAUUUGGAGGGUGAGAACAAUUACAACAUCAUUAACAUGAUUGGAGAACCUGAGCUUCUGGAUGAAAUGAUGGAUAAAAUGGACGCUCUAGGAAGCUGGACCCAAGCUGGAAACAAUGAAGAUGUUCUUUAAUGACAGCAGUAAGAAGAAGAAGAAGAAGAAGAAGAAGAAGAAGAAGAAGAAGAAGAAGAAGAAGAGAAUGAAGAGAGAUAUUCUAUA